AUGAAAGUGAGAUGGGUCGGAGCUAUAUUAGACGCAAUGAAUGAAAUCCAGAGGAACCUGUCAAGGCUUACAACACCUUAUCUACUUGUCCAUGGUGAUGGAGACCAAUUAGUGACGAUUGACGGUUCACGAUACUUACAUGAGAAUUCUCUCAGUAACGACAAGACAUUUAAGGUACACGAAUGAGCUGCUUUACUGACAGCACUGAGCGAACUAAUAGCCUCUCUAUGGGUAUUUCCGACGAAUAGUUAGGGCGCUUGACGGUAUAUCAUGAUGGCAGGAAGAGGCGGUCUUAAAACGGCGUUUCUUCAUGUGGUGAUAUUGUCCUGCGCCGGGUAGGAGUUUCGGCCGCGUUGUUCCAAGCGUAGUUAUUGUCAACUUAUCCCAACAAAAGUCGUGAUUUGUCUAAACCCUUUUAAUCCCAAGAGUGACCAAUACCUAUUUUCUCCUAACAAUGUCACCGCGUUUUCAAGGGAAAAGGUUAUGAGAAUUUAUAAAGUAAUCACCAAAGAGGAAAUUCUCCUCUCCAAAAGGGUGUCUAAAGAAUAAUAUAGAGUUUUCCCUCUCCGGCCAAUUUUCCGUUCCUUUGUCAUUUUUAAAUCUACCUAUUAUUAUUUCAUUAUAAACUCAACUGCGAGUAAAACUUGCUUUGCAGGUGUACAAAAAUGGACGCCAUGAACUGUUGAAUGAGGUGGAAGAAACUGCGAGCGUGGUUUACAAGGACAUUCUUGACUGGAUUCAGCAAAAGCUACCUUGA